GUCCUGCAGCUGCUGCCUGCGUCUCCGCUGCCACCGUGGACCAGCUGACAGCAGCCGGGAUGACACACACACACACACACACACACACACACACACACACACACACACACACACACACACACACACACACACACACACACACUCCCGCUGCUCUAUAAAAACCACAGACACCGACAGAGACACAACGAGCUGUGACCGUUUCUACCGGAGCUAUGGGCGUCAUCAUCUCCCACAUCUUCUCCAGGUUCACCUCGAAGACACCUGUCCGCAUUUUAAUGGUGGGUCUAGAUGCAGCAGGUAAAACCACUCUGCUGUACAGACUGAAGCUGGCCGAGGUCGUCUCCACCAUCCCAACUAUCGGUUUUAAUGUGGAGACAGUGGAGUAUAAGAACAUUAGUUUCACAGUGUGGGAUGUUGGUGGUCAGAACAUCAUCAGACCUCUGUGGAGACAUUACUACACUAACACACAGGGUCUGAUAUUUGUUGUCGACAGCAACGACCCCGAGAGGAUUAAAGAAGCUGCUGACGAGCUGCACAGGAUGUUGGAGGAGGACGAGUUGAGGGGCGUGGCCUUACUGGUGUUUGCUAACAAACAGGAUUUGCCCAGAGCAAUGUCUGUCAGUGACAUCACCGAGGCCCUGGGCCUAUCAGGAGUCUCGCAGCCGUGGUCUGUCCAGGCGUCCUGUGCCGUCAGCGGUACAGGUCUGGUCGAGGGUCUGGACUGGCUCUCCGACCAGAUCCUGAACAGUAGAAGCUGAUGUGUUCUGCAUCAUUUGUGUCCUGCCGAAUCUUCAAACACGUCAAGCAGUCUGCUGUGAGCUGAGCUGAGCUGAGCUGAGCUGAGCUGAGCCAGAGAAUCCAGGAAGAACGCCAAGGAUCCCUCGUGUAGUGGUGUGAAAAAGUGUUUGCCCUCUUCCUGAUUUCUUAUGUGUUUUUGCAUGUUUGUCACACCUAAAUGUUUCAGAUCAUCACACAAAUUUAAAUAUAAGACAAAGAUAACACAAGUAGACACAAAAUGCAGUUAUUAAAUGAAGGUUUUUUAUUAUUAAGGGGGGAAAAAAUCCAAAACAAAUAAGAAAUCAGGAAGGGGGCAAACACUUUUUCACAGCCCUGUAGCAGUGAUCAAUUUGGAUUUUAUUACAUCAAACUGCAGUUACACUGCAGUGAUUGGUGUGAAAAUAACUUUUAUAUAUCUGUGACUAUAAAGCCUUCCUACAUGUCUGGUUUGCUUUAAAAUGUUACUUUACAAGGCAGGCGUUCAUUCAGGUGUCUUUCUAUUGUUUCAUCGCUAAAAUCAAAGCAUUAAAAUGCUCAUCAGGAGCGACCACAAAUUGUGGCCGGGUUGGCUCAGUGGUAGAGCAGGCGCACAUAUACUGAGAGGUUUAUGCCUAGAUGCAGAGGUCCAGGUUUAGAGUCCAACCUGUGAUGAUUUCCUGCAUGUCUUCCCCCCCUCUCUCUCACCUAGCUGUCCUGUCAAAUAAAGGCGGAAAAGCCAAUAUAUAUUUUCAUAUAUAUAUAUAUAUAUUGUAGAAGAUAUACAGAAGUAUCUGGUGAUGUUAGAAACUUUAGUUUUUAGGCAACCAGGUGAAAUAUUUUAUAAAAUAUUUUCAUGGAAAACUAAUUCAGCUGUACUGAUUUUCUUUAUAUUUUCAUCGGUUUGAGAAUUAUUUGACCACAGACUUUAAUAUUGAUUUUUUUAAAUGUAAUGUCUAGCUGGUUUUGUUCUUAAAGACAUGUCAUUUGUUGUGUUGCUUGGGUAAUCAGUUCAGGUAUUUCUGUAAUAUUAUGACCCCCACAUGUAUUAUAAUAAUACAUCUUAAUGAAAAUGUAUAUUUUUUGGCUCAUAUUGAUUCUAUAAUGAAGUUGUUAUGGUGAUCAUUGUUGUGCGUGUUUUAUUUUAAAUACAGACCGACCUGUACCAAUUCUUAAUCAUCCUGUCAAAGGAAUUGCUGUCAUUUAUACGACUCCCACCCCAAAUCAACAGAUCACAGUC